AUGAUUGCAGUCAGUCCCGUGACCAUCUAUCUUUGGGCAGGUGGACAAAAACAGACACCCUCUGCGCGACAGUGUCCCUGUUCUGCUGAACUCCGUUUCUUCUGCCACUUCGUCCGGCACGGUCCUACUCCUCUCUCCCUCUCACACAUACCUACGCACACGCACAUGAACAUGCCCACGCCGAUUCACACACACACUUACAUGGUCUUUCUGAAAGCCAGUCUCGACCGUCAACUUCCAGAUGCUGAGAUUAGAAGGCCAGAUUGA